AUGUACAAAACUGCCAAAGGAAUGAUUCAAAAUUUUUUUUAUAUAAUUAAAAAAUAUUCAUUUAUUCCAAAUGGUGGUAGAAUAUAUUAUUUAAAACGAUCACAACCAGCACUUCUAACAUCAAUGGUUGAUGAAUAUUUUACAGCAACCAAUGACAUUGAUUUUCUUUUUGAUGCUAUGCCAAUUUUAGAAACUGAAUUGUCGUUUUGGGAGAAGAGACGAACUGUGAAUGUUACUGUAAAUGGAAAUAAUUAUGUUGUUUUUCAAUAUCGUGCUGAUAGUAAUGUACCCCGACCGGAAAGUUAUUUUCAAGAUGUUAAUACAACUAAAAAUAUUAAAGGAUGUGAUAAAAAAAGAGAGAUAUGGAAAAGUAUUAGUUCAACUGCUGAAAGUGGUUGGGAUUUUUCAACAAGAUUUUUAUCAAAUUAUUCUGAGUUUUCUUCUUUUCAAACUACUGAUAUUGUUGAAGUUGAUAUUAAUGCAAUAUUAUGUAGUAUUUAUGGAACAAUAUCUAAAUUAUAUAGAUAUAUGGAUUAUAGUGAUAAAAGUAAAGAAUUUGAUGAAAAAUAUAAUAAAUUUAUGAAAACAUUUAAAGAAGUUUUUUAUAAUCCAAAAAGAUUUGGAUGGUUUGAUUAUAAUAUUAAAAAUCAAAAAUAUAACUUUGAAUAUUAUGCAUCAAAUCUUUCACCCCUUUAUUGGAAAUGUUUUGGUAGUGAUGAAGAAAAAAAUAUUCCAUUAUUAUAUAAAAAUUUAGAAUCAAAGGGUAUAUUUAAUUUUAGGGGUGGAUUACCAUCAAGCUUAAUUGAUUCAAAGCAACAAUGGGAUUUACCAAAUGGAUGGAGUCCAAGUAAUCAUAUGGUUAUUAUGGGCUUAAGUAGAAUUAAUAAUACUUAUUUACAAAAUGAAGCUCUAAAUUUGGCAAAACGUUGGAUUCUUUCCAAUUAUCGUACUUUUAAAAAAGAAAAAGCCAUGUUUGAGAAGUAUAAUGUUGUUAGUGAAAGUAUUGGACGUGGUGGUGGUGGUGAGUAUGACGUUCAGGAAGGUUUUGGUUGGACAAAUGGUGUUAUACUUGAUUUAUUAACAAAAUAUAAUAAUAAUUUGACUAUAAAUGAUUUAAAUGAUUUGUGUGAUUUAAAUUUAUUAUAUUAUAAAUUAUAUGAUGAUCCAAGUAAAUUAUUUAGUAGACCAUUAAAAUAUGCACCACAAAAAAUUGCUAAUAUUUUUUUUGAUAAAUUUAAAUUUAUUAUUGAUAGUAUUGAUAUGAAUGAUCUUAGUGAUUUUGUUGAGGAAAGUUUUGAAAAAGAAAAUUCUGAAUUGAAACGAUGUGAUGAAAUAGAAGAUUGGUCUGAAAAUGUAGAUCAAAUAUUGGCAAUCAAAAAUGAAACAUAUAGAGAAUGGGGAAAAUUUUUACAUAAUAGGUGGAAAAAUUUAUGUUAUCAAUUUGAUGAAGAUGUCAAAGAUCAUCCAAUAAAAUAUUCAUCAAUCUACCUACCAAAUAAAUUUAUUGCUUCUGAUAUAAUUCUUGAAGGUAAUAGAUUAUGGGAUACAUAUUAUAUAGUAAAAGGAUUAUUAGCUUCACAAAUGUAUGAUACAGCAAAAGGAAUGAUUGAAAAUCUUGUACAUCUUGUUGAUAUUUAUGGAUAUCUUCCAUUUGGAUAUCGUAUAUAUCAUUUAAAAAAAACAACAAUACCUUUACUUACAUUAACUGUUAACCUGUACUAUCAAUGUACAAAAGAUUUAGAAUUUUUAAAAAAAGUAUUACCAACUUUGGAGAAAGAAUUUUUAUUUUGGGAAAAAGAAAGAAGUGUUAAUAUUCAAUUAAAUGGAAAAAAUUAUACAGGUUUUCAGUAUCGAACAUCUUUAAAUGUUCCUAGAUUAGAAAAUUUUUAUUCUGAUUAUGAUAUGGCAAAUCAUUUAAAAGAUUGUGAUCAAAAAAGAGAUUAUUGGAGGAAGUUACAGACAAUCUCUGAGAGUAGUGAAAUAUCUUAUAGAUGGGUUAAUUUUAAUAAUUCUAUAAAUGCUACAUUAGAUACAAAUAUUUUACCUAUAGAAUUAAAUUCAAUAUUAUGUAAUGCUUCUGGAAUAAUAGCAAAUUUUCAUAAACUUACAAAAAAUAUUAAUAAAUUAAAUAUAUUCAAAAAAAAGUAUAUACAUUUAAAAAAAUCAUUUAAAGCAAUUUUUUACAAUACUGUUGAUGAGAUAUGGUAUGAUUUUAAUUUAACAACAUUCAAACAUAAUAAAAGAAUUUAUACAUAUUCUUUUUUUCCUGUAUUUUUAAAAUGUUAUGAUAAAGAAGAAGAAGGAAAUAUUGUAUAUAUGUAUGAAAGAAUAAAAAGGUUAAAAUUUCACUUUUCAUUUGCAGAAAUGAAGGAACCAUACAUAAUGAGAACAACUCAAAAUGAACAUGAAAAUUUAUAUUAUUCAAUUAAUCAAAUGAUUAUUGAAGGUCUAUUUGAAUCAAAAAAUAUUUAUCUUAUAAAUGAAGGAAAAAAAAUAAUGAAUCGCCUACUGGAGAGAGGUUAUAAAUUUUUUCAAAAAUAUUAUACAUAUUUUCCUGGAAACAAUUCUACAUCAUUUGAAAAAAAACGAGCUUUAAGUGAAUAUGGAUUUGUUAAAAGGUUAUCAUUAGCCAAUGGAAUUAUUUUAGAUUAUUUAGUAAAAUAUGGAAAUGAGAUACAAAAUGAUUCUAAUUAUAAUAAUGAAGAAAAAAUUAUUAAUAAAAAAAAUAUAACUUUGGUAGAUUCUCGAUAUUCUGAUAAAUAUGAUAUUAUAUGUACAACAACAAAACCAAAAUGUCCAUCAGUAUCUGUUAAAAUUGGAAAAACAUUUGGAGAUACAAUUUAUAUAAUGAUUAGUCAAAUAUCUAAGAUGUUAUCAAAAUUUUUCAUUUAUAUUAUAUAA